AUGGCAACAUGCACUAUCUAUUUUUAUGCUAAGAAGUUUAUGGAUGCAAUUAUUUGGAUCUAUAAUGGUCGAUACAUGCGUCAGCCUACCGCUCAAGAUACUGAGAGUAUUUUGGCAGAGAAUGAAGCUCGUGGGUUUCCUGGGAUGCUUGGUAGUGUGGAUUGUUUUCGUUGGGCAUGGAGAGCAUGUACUAUGGAUCAGGCAGGAUCCCACGUGGGCUAUAAGUCAAUUCCCACGGUUGUUCUACAGGCGGUAGCUUCAUAUGAUAUAUGGAUAUGGCAUUCCUAUUUUGGGUUGGGCGGGAAGAAUAAUUACUGUAAUGUCUUGCAUGCUUCGGGUUUGUUCGAUAGAGAACUUAAUGGUGUAUCACCUCCUUGUCAUUAUCAAAUCAAUGGAAGAAACUACAAUACGGGGUACUACCUAGGAGAUGGAGCAUAUCCUAUGUAUGGUUGUCUUGUGGAAGCAUACAAACCCGCCUCAAACAAUGCGGAAAGUAUUUUCAAUCAAUAUCAAGAAGCAAAAAGGAAAGACAUUGAACGUGCAUUUGGUGGUCUAAAGGGUAAGUUUGGUAUUAUUGAAAACAUGUCGUUAUUAUAA